ACUUGUUCCUCUUUAGCCAUCCUCUGAGUAUCCGUCAAGCUAAAAUCACACCUUCAAAUAUUAAAUUUCUCUGGAAUUACGAACAUUUCUUGGCCGAUUUGGUGGAGUUCGUCGCUUCAAUCUCCUGCACUUGUGUCAUGGGGGAAGUACAGUGGAAGACCUGACUGUGUUCCUGGUCAGCUCAAGUCUAAAAUAGCAGAUUUAAAGUCUUUUUAAAGACUCAGUAACUACACAUUACUGAAACUUCUGUUGACAAGUAAAAGACUUGCCACAGUCCCUGGACAGAGCUGCUCCGGUCUGUGAUGGCUGAGCUUCAGUGAUGACGGUCUCCUCAAAAAAGCCUCAGGAGUCAAACCUGCGCCCCAGAUCUGGAGAGAUGGAUGACCUCGAUGGACGCCUGAAGUUUGUCUCUGAGGACUCUGCGGCUGAGUUCAUCAACGACCAGGACUCUCACUACACUCAGCUGCAACUGGAGCUGGAGAGCGAUGCCCUGAACUUGGAGGCAGAGACCUGGAGUCUGUCUGUGGACCAGAGCUUCCUCAAGGAGCUCAGCAAAGAGACUGUGAAGAGGCAGGAGGUCAUCUACGAGUUGAUGCACACUGAGAUGCACCAUGUACGCACUCUGAAGGUCUUGCUGUACGUGUACAUGUAUGAGCUCAGACAGUCAGGGAUGGUGGAUGAGCAGAGGCUGGAGAGACUGUUCCCGGCCAUAGAUGCUCUUCUGUCUCAUCACCAGCAUUUUCUGGACGCACUCAAACGCAGACAGAGACAGAGUCAGGAGCCGGAGGGGAGCAACAACUACCAGAUCACUCAGCUCGGAGAUAUACUUAUUACACAGUUUUCCGGUUCAGUGGGAGAGGGGAUGAAAGAGUGCUACAGUGUCUUCUGCGGUCACCAGAGCGAAGCCAACAAGUUUUACAAAGAACUACUUCAGAACAGCAAGAAGUUUCAGAACCUCAUCAGGAAAAUCGGCCAGCUGCCUCUUGUGAAAAGGCUGGGGAUCCCGGAGUGUUUCCUGUUGGUGACACAGAGAAUCACCAAAUAUCCAGUUUUGAUAGAGAGGAUCAUCAAAAACACGGAAGAGAACACAGAUGAGUACAAGUCCCUGGUGCAUGGCUUGUCUCUGAUCAAAGACACCAUCGAGCAGGUGAACACUCUGGUGAAGGAGUACGAGCAGGUGCAGAGGCUCAGGGAGAUCUAUGGCAGACUGGAGCCCAAGUCCCUGGGCCGGGUGUCUGAGGAGAGGGUUUUUAAAAGAGAAGACCUCCUCCUGAACAACCGCACCCUGCUCCAUGAAGGCAGCGUGGUGUGGAAGACCCCCGGACGACAGAAAGAGAUCCAUGCCGUGCUGCUGUCAGACGUCCUCAUCUUAUUACAAGAGAAGGAUCAGAAGUUUGUGUUUGCUACAAUGGAGAAGAUCCCUCCUGUGAUCUCGCUCAGAGCUCUGAUUGUGCGAGAGAUGGCGCUGGAGGACAGAGCCAUGUAUCUGAUCUGCUCCUGCACCUCCAACAUGUACGAGAUCCACACCAGCUCCAAGGACGAAUGCAACUCCUGGAUGACUCGCAUCAGGGAGGCUGUCAACAGUUUUGUGGACGAGGAGGAGCCAUACAGUGAAGAAAUGGCACAACUACAACAAUUUCAAAACAGUCUGAAGGAGUGUGAUGACCUGAUCCAAAAGAGCGUAGAGUCCAAGCAGCAGGUCUGUGUGUCUCUGUUUGAGGCUGUGACUGGACAGGAGUGUCCACACAAGGGACUGUUACUGUGGGGCGACGCCUCUGACCUCCAGCAGGGGGAGACACUGCUGCAGGAGGCCAUCCAUGACGUGGAGAAUCUGCACAGCAUGAUGAUCCUGGGGGUCAUAAAGAAGCAAAGUGAAAUAACAGACGGUUUGGAUGAGACCAGUGACAUCACAGUGCCUUUGAAUGGAGAUGUUUCUGAGGAUCUUGGCGCUGAGCCCAGUUCAGAUCUUCAGUAUGAGGAAACUGAUUACUCCGAGGGUCUGGAGCUGUCUGCCGAUGGAGAUGACGUUAAAACUCCACCUUGCACUUUAACUCCCAAACCUUUACAGGAACAAGACACACUUUUGGUGUAUCAGAGAAUGGUGCUGCUGGCUCAAAGACUGAACAGCUUACAGGUGGUUUUAGCAAAGCACAGCAGUCAGGUGGAGAUGCUUCAGGCCUGCCAGUCCAAGAGCAAACGAUCGUCUCGACAAGGCAACACUUUGUUAGAGCAAGAAAACCAGCGCAACAUGGAGAGGCAAAAACAGGAGCUCGCCAACCUCCACAAGAUGCAGGCCCAGCAGCGGGAGGAGCAGCAGAGGUGGGAGAAAGAGAAGGCGAAGCAGAGGGUGCAGAUGGAGGUCCUGGAGGAGGAGGUGAAGAAGAGAGAGGAGGAGUGUAAACAAAGAGAGCAGAGACUGAUGGAGGAGAAGGCAGAUUUGGAGAAGCAGAGGGGGGAAUACCAACAGGACCUGGAAAGACUGCGAGAUUCGCUCAAGAAUCUGGAGAAGGACAAGGAGAAAACGGAGCAGGAGAAGAAGAAACUGGAGAAAUUAAAGAGGCACAUGAGUAUGGUCAACCCGGCACUAAACAUGGAUGACCCAAAGAGUCUGUUGAGUUUCCCAUCCAUCAGAAGCACAGUCAGCAGCGUGGGGAACAUCACUGCAGCGCCAUAUGUUGUUCCGACCCAAAAAUCUGACUCCAAAGAGGUUCCUCCGAGGGUUCCCCCCCGAAGAGAGAGCAUCAGCCCCAAACCCACCAAACCCUACGUGCCCAUCCAUCUACGCAGCACCACCAACGACACCAGCCCUGCAGUGCGGCCAGGGGGCGCCAUAGAGCAGGUCAUCCCCACCAAACUGGAGGGCAUCAGCAAAAAGAAGGUCAAGACCAAACCAUCUCAUAAGAGAACUAACAGUGCAGCAAACAUCGACGUGCGAGAGGUGGUGCCGAUUCGAGUGACCGGGAAAGAGGGAGGGAGCCUGAGAUCCCAGAGGACGUCCAGCCCCCAGAGAAUACACCAGAACACUGACCUGUUCACUCCACCUGGACCCUCCCUGAACAUGAAACCGCCCACCUCCACGAGCUCUCAGAGGCGGGGCAGCAGUGAUGACCCGCCUCCUGUUCCUCCCCCUUUCCCCAAGGAAAUCCUGGACCCUCUGCACCCCAAAGAGAUCUUCCUCUGAUCGGACACACCCUGCCCACUACGUCAUGGAGCUAGUUCUUAAUAUUUUCAUUAAGAAGAACAAAUAGUUAAAAUUCUGCACCUUAAUGGACUAGAUGUAGCUCUAAAACAUAGUUUUUUUGUUUUUUUUUCAAAGACAUUUUAGUGCAUUUUCAUAACCAGUGCAGUACCCCUGUUUUGUGUUUUAUAAUAUUCAGAAGCAAUGCACGCCUUUACAGAACAUUUUAGGGUAUCACCUAAUAAUAACUAGACAUUAAUUAGCCCCAGUAAAGCAUGAACAAAGACUUAGUGUAUUAAGAAUGAUUCAGGCUUAUUAAUUACUCUAUUUGUUCAUUAUGAAUUAAGCCUUUUUCAUGCUUUAUUAAGGCUAAUUAAGUGUAGUUAAUAUAAAGAAUUACCGAUUUUUGUUUUUAUCGUAGGUUAAACAAAAAUGUAAAGAGGUCGAAUGAUUUUGUUAUAUAAUAUAGAUUUUAAUUGUUAACUGUUAUUUUAAAGAUUGUAAAGGGACCAAUGUUUUGCUUGUACUUUUGUGUCAAUGAAAAGAUUCACUACUGAUGCAAUGAUAGUUUGAUUGUACAAAAGUUGUAAAUAUAUUGUUAUAAUUUCCUUUUAGGGCAGAUGGUUAGAAAUCAUGUCUUCUAUUUAAAAAAAAGUCCAGUGGAGGACUUAAUACCUGUAUUAUUUUCUAAUGUAAUGGUAAUAACAGUAAGUACUGCUGCUGUUGGGGUAUAGUUUUUAAAAUAUGUUUCCAGAUAAUUUUAUACUCUGUAUUUUUAGAUACAGUAAAACAGAAGCGUUUAAGCCUUGUUUAUUUUAUUUGAAAAAGUAGUUUGCUCCUUUACUGACCCCUUGUGGCCUGUGGUGUAAUUUGUGAUUUGAUGCAGCUAUACAACCCACAAAUUAAACUAGUCAAUUUUCUGACUUAUUGAGAGUCUCAUUCACAGCUGUACCAUUAAAGGUGCAUCAAGGAACCCGCUCGUCUCCAUGGAGAUUUCAUAUUUUUUGCAUAGAAUGUUCCACAUGUUUGCCUUACAGUAUGUAUUCACCAGUAUGUAUCGUGCAUUUUUUUUUUAUUACAUUGCUGUAAUACUUAUUUAAUCAAAAACAUGACCAGAGUUGUGUUUUGUUUUAUGCACAUGUUUAACACAAAUCCUGCAUUUAGGCUGAGUUCUUCUCCAAACCGAAAACUGAAGUGCUCCACUGUGUUUUUAAACUCCACUUAACUUCACUAGAAUCAUUUGGACAAUUUCAGCCCUGGCUUACGGCUGGCAACUUGAAAACUACCGCUUCAUGACAUAACAAGGUGAAACAGACUUUUGAGCUUUGGAGAUGUAGAUAAAUAAAAAUAAAGGGAUACUCAAACGUGUGUGAAUCAAACUUAACACAAUUCUGUUGAGUUGAUGAGAUAACACUGUAACACGCUAAACGCACAAGAAUCCACUUUGUGUAAUCAAAAGAUGUACACUAUACUUGAGUGACUCUAUACAUUGUGAAUUGCAUCAAAAUAUAUUUCUUAUUUAACUUUUCUUUUGCUGCAAAGAUGUAGAUAUUAAAAUUAUUUAGUUUUAUUAAUAAGUAAACAAACCAACUUUUUUCACAGAUGGACAGAAUGCAUGCAUGUGAAAAUAUGUAAAAAAUAAAAAU